CUGUCCCGCUGCUUGCAUAAAUGCAAUUGGAUUAAAUUUGUACUGCGUGGGGGGGGGGGGGCUCUCAGAGGUCCCGUGCCGUAAGGGGGCGGUUGGCGGUGUUAGCUGCUUCGCCAAGAGUGAGUUGCGAGGUCGUCGUUGUCUCGCAGCAAUCAGCGCGGGCUGCUGGAUCCUCUAUCCCUCCUCCGUGUCCUCCUCCUCCUCCUCAUUCUCUUCCUCCUCGGAUUCUUGGCCGCUGCCUCCGCCGAGCGUGGGUGAGGAUGACGGCGCUGGCGCGAAUGGCAGCAGCGAUGCUCUGCCUGCUCGGCUGCACGUUGGAUGGGUGCAGGGCAUCAGAAGCCGCGAGUCGUCUCUACAAGACUCUGUUCACGAGUUACAACCCCUACAUCCGACCCGUGUUCAACGUGUCCGAUCCGGUCAUCGUGAGAUUUGAGGUGUCCAUGUCACAGCUGGUCAAGCUGGAUGAAGUGAAUCAAAUAAUGGCGACAAACCUCUGGCUUAAACACACCUGGAAUGACUACAAGUUCCAGUGGAACCCCGGACAAUUCGAAGGCAUGGAGUACAUCCGAGUGCCUUCGGACAAGAUCUGGAAGCCAGACAUAGUUUUGUACAACAACGCGGACGGAGACUUCCAAGUGGAAGGCAAGACCAAAGCUCUGCUCAAGUACGACGGCACGGUGAUGUGGAUGCCGCCGGCGAUUUUCAAAAGUUCGUGCAAGAUCGACGUCACUUACUUCCCCUUCGACUACCAGAACUGCACCAUGAAAUUCGGCUCUUGGACCUACGACAAGGCCAAGAUCGACCUGGUGCUGGUCGGCACCAAGAUCAACCUCAAGGACUUUUGGGAAAGCGGAGAGUGGGUAAUCAUCGACGUCCCAGGCUACAAGCACGACAUCAAGUACAACUGCUGCGAACAGAUAUACCCCGACAUUACCUACUCGGUGUACGUGCGGCGCCUUCCACUCUUCUACACCAUCAAUUUAAUCAUCCCCUGCCUGUUGAUCUCAUUCCUGACCGUCCUGGUCUUUUACCUCCCCUCCGACUGCGGGGAGAAAGUGACACUGUCCAUCUCGGUGCUGCUGUCCCUCACCGUGUUCCUCCUCGUCAUCACGGAGACCAUCCCGUCCACGUCGCUCGUCAUCCCGCUCAUCGGCGAGUAUCUCCUCUUCACCAUGAUCUUCGUGACCCUCUCCAUCGUCAUCACCAUCUUCGUGCUCAACGUGCACUACCGCACGCCGGAGGCGCACACGAUGCCCAACUGGGUGCGCCGGGUCUUCCUCGACACGCUGCCCAAGAUCAUGCUGCUGCAGCCACCCAAGGGCUCCGUGGGCACGGCGGCGUCGCCCGACGCGGUCGUGGCGGAGGCCGACCAGCAGCCGGCGUGCCUCUGCGCCGGCGAGCUGUCGGCGGCGGCGGCGGCGAGCAGCAGCAGCAGCUGCCAAAGCGGCGGCAUUUCGAGGGCCUCAAGCUCGAUGGAGGCGCACGUGUCAUCCGUGCGGCUGCCGAGGCUGCGCGCGGCUGACGUGAUGUCGGACGAGCUGUCGAGCUCGUCCAGCACGGAGUCGCUCGACGCGCUGCUCGCCCUCUGCCUGCUCUCGCCCGAGAUCCGCCAGGUGAUCGACAGCGUCAAGUACAUCGCCGAGAACCUGCGGACUCAAGACGAGGCCAAGGAGGUGUGCGACGACUGGAAGUAUGUGGCCAUGGUAGUGGAUCGCAUUUUCCUGUGGGUCUUCGUGCUGGUCUGCAUCCUCGGCACGGCUGGGCUCUUCCUGCAGCCGCUCAUGGCAGGGGAAGACAUGUGAAGAGAACAGCGACCAUACCAAGCUUCCCCCCCCCCCCCACCAAA